UUACAAUGGAAGUCAGGACAGCCGAGCCGCAGUGCCGCUUAAACGCCAUCGCACCAAGAUGGCUCUAAUGCGAAGAAAGACAGGUAAUGGCAUCAAGAAAGGAUCGGUAACACAAGUAAACGUAGCCGCGAAAGAUGCUCCGGCUGUACUGGAUAAAAAUCGUCAUGUAGUUUCGUAUUCAUAUGGGAAAAACCAAACAGUGCUCGUUGAGUAUGUAGCCGAUCCUUUUAAGGACAUGUUUCAGAUUGGCCGUUCUUCUGAAGAGCAAAUUGAUUUUACGAUUGUCGACACAUGGUUAGCGUCAGGCUCGCAACUAGCUUCCUCUUCAGGUGGCCAGUCAAAACCCAGAGGUUGCGGCGACCCACAUAAGAUGAUUUCAUCAACGAUCAGUCGAUAUGCGUGUCGAAUUAUCAUUGAUCGUGAAAACUAUGAUAAAGCGUUUUUGUAUGCUGCUGGAUUUGAUUCUGUUAAGAAUAUUUUCCUUGGGGAAAAAGCAACGAAAUGGAUGAAGCGAAAUGGGGAAAUGGACGGGUUAACUACAAACGGGAUAUUAAUUUUGCAUCCGAACAGAAAUACUGAGGAGUUGUCCGAAGACGAUGUGCCUCCUAUGUAUGUGUGGCGUGAGGUUUCCGUUGAUGGAGAUAUUUAUACAUUACGUGAAACGCGAAGUAGUAGUGCAAGGGGUGCGCUAGUACCGGAAGAGACAAAUAUGCUACAGGAUGGUACGUUGAUUGAUUUGUGCGGAGCGACACUGCUUUGGAGGACUGCAGAUGGGUUGCGAAAGUCGCCAACUGCUCAGGAAUUAGAAAUGGCAUUGGACAGACUGAAUGCUGGAAAGCCGCAAUGUCCAGUAAACCUUAACACUCUGAUAAUUCCGAAAAAGAAAAGCUCAAAGGGUGGAGGAAGCCGUCAACCAUAUGUGAGUGAAUUGUUUCCAUCAUCUCCACCGGGUAGCGAAGGAAAUCGUUUUUAUAGGUUUACCUUCGAUGCGGACAUGUGCAGGGCAAACACGAGUGGGGCCAUCAUGCACUGUCAAACGGUCAACAAUCGUAUAAGUGCCCAA